AUGAAGGCCACCUGGAUCAGGCUUCUGAAAAGAGCCAAGGGAGGAAGGCUGAAGAAUUCCGAUAUCUGUGGUUCGGCAGACUCCUACACCAGCCGUCCAUCCGAUUCCGAUGUCUCUUUGGAGGAGGACCGGGAGGCAGUGCGCAGAGAAGCUGAGCGACAGGCCCAGGCACAGUUGGAAAAAGCAAAGACAAAACCCGUUGCAUUUGCAGUUCGGACAAAUGUCAGCUACAGUGCAGCCCAUGAAGAUGAUGUCCCGGUGCCAGGCAUGGCCAUCUCAUUUGAAGCAAAAGAUUUUCUGCAUGUUAAGGAAAAAUUUAACAAUGACUGGUGGAUAGGGCGACUGGUUAAAGAAGGCUGUGAAAUCGGAUUCAUUCCAAGCCCAGUCAAACUAGAAAACAUGAGGCUACAGCAUGAACAGAGAGCCAAGCAAGGGAAAUUCUACUCCAGUAAAUCAGGAGGAAAUUCAUCGUCCAGUUUGGGUGACAUAGUACCUAGUUCCAGAAAAUCUACACCUCCAUCCUCUGCUAUAGACAUAGAUGCUACUGGCUUAGAUGCAGAAGAAAAUGAUAUUCCAGCAAACCACCGCUCCCCUAAACCCAGUGCAAACAGUGUAACGUCACCCCACUCCAAAGAGAAAAGAAUGCCCUUCUUUAAGAAGACAGAGCACACUUCUCCUUAUGAUGUGGUACCUUCCAUGCGACCAGUGGUCCUGGUGGGCCCUUCUCUGAAGGGGUACGAGGUCACAGAUAUGAUGCAAAAAGCGUUGUUUGAUUUUUUAAAACACAGAUUUGAAGGGCGGAUAUCCAUCACAAGGGUCACUGCUGACAUCUCGCUUGCCAAACGCUCAGUGUUAAACAAUCCUAGUAAGCAUGCAAUAAUAGAAAGAUCCAACACAAGGUCAAGCUUAGCGGAAGUGCAGAGUGAAAUUGAAAGAAUUUUUGAACUUGCAAGAACACUGCAAUUGGUAGUCCUUGAUGCAGAUACUAUUAAUCAUCCAGCUCAACUCAGUAAAACCUCUUUGGCCCCUAUUAUAGUAUAUGUAAAGAUUUCUUCUCCUAAGGUUUUACAGAGGUUAAUAAAAUCUCGAGGGAAAUCUCAAGCUAAACACCUCAAUGUCCAGAUGGUAGCAGCUGAUAAACUGGCUCAGUGUCCUCCAGAGUUGUUUGAUGUGAUCUUGGAUGAGAACCAGCUUGAGGAUGCUUGUGAGCACCUUGCCGACUAUCUGGAGGCCUACUGGAAGGCCACCCAUCCUCCCAGCAGCAAUCUCCCCAACCCUCUCCUUAGCCGUACUUUAGCCACUUCAACUCUGCCUAUUAGCCCCACCCUAGCCUCUAAUUCACAGGGUUCUCAAGGUGAUCAGAGGACUGAUCGCUCCGCUCCUGCCCGUUCUGCUUCUCAAGCUGAAGAAGAACCUUGCCCGGAACUAGUCAAGAAAUCCCAGCACCGUUCCUCCUCCUCAGCCUCACACCACAACCAUCGCAGUGGUACAAGUCGAGGCCUCUCCAGGCAAGAGACAUUUGACUCAGAAACCCAGGACAGUCGAGACUCUGCCUACGUGGAACCCAAGGAAGAUUAUUCCCAUGAACACAUGGACCAUUAUGUCUCACACCGUGACCAUAACCACAGGGAUGAGACCCACGGGAGCAGUGACCACAGACACCGGGAGUCUCGGCACCGUUCUAGGGACACGGAUCGAGAGCAGGACCACAACGAGUGUAACAAACAACGAAGCCGUCAUAAAUCCAAGGAUCGCUACUGUGACAAGGACGGAGAAGUAAUAUCCAAAAAACGGAAUGAGGCUGGGGAGUGGAACAGGGAUGUUUACAUCCGCCAAUGA